AUGUUAAACGCCGACCUACUUAAUGGAUACAAUCCCACUGUUCACCCAGGCCUAAAUUACUCGGAACAACUUCUCAAUAUAAAUGUCGACUUCUCGUUAAGAAAAAUACAAACAUUUGAUGAACUGACAAGCACAUUUACGAUAAUCGGUGUGUUGUAUGUUGCCUGGUUUGAUGAACGUUUGCAUUGGACUCCGUCAAGUUAUAACAACUUAAUGGUCACCCAUUUCAAGCAAAAAGAAAUUUGGACACCGCCAUUUCUACUUGCGAACAGUCAUGACGAUAUUGCUUUCAUUGGGAAUGACGAAUUACACAUCUCGGUAACAUAUACAGGCAAAGUAAGGUGGGAUAUCCCUGUUAAGUUCAUGUCUUUAUGCGAUGCCGAUGUAACGUAUUACCCAUCUGAAAAACAAUCAUGUGGCUUAACCCUUUUGCCAUGGGGUUACAGUUCGAACCUCGUUCAGCUAAAUACUACUGGCUCGACACUGGAUACGGCGAAAUACGAAGAGAAUUCAAUUUGGACUCUCGUCAGUACGUACCAACAAUCUAACCAGUCUCCAAAUCCAGGUUUUUUAAUGACGGUCACAUUUAAAAGGAAACCUAUGUUUUUCGUAAUGAAUUUUAUAUUGCCAACCAUUUUUAUGUGCUUCAUCAAUCUGUUUGUAUUCGCCCUGCCGGCGGAGUCCGGGGAACGCAUUGGCUUCUCUAUCACCGUGUUGCUGGCCAUCGCGGUAUUCUUAUCAAUCGUGUCCAGUAAUCUCCCGCAGUCUUCAUCCCCACAGAUAGCCUUAUUAUGUUACUUGCUUGUGGUUCACAUCAUUUUGAGUUUAAUGAUGAUGGUGUGUGUGAUACUCGGACUCCAGUUUUACUUUCGAUCUGAUGAGGAGCAGGUUCCAGGGUACAUAUCCAAGCUGACACGAAUCAUUAACAAUAAAACCUGUGGGAAUCUGAAAACGUCUGAUGUGUCUCCAGAGCCCCAAAUAACGGAUUCUGUGAUGACAAAGGCAGGUCCUAAUGUUGUUGAAGUGGUUAACGACGACUUUGUUAGCCCAACUGACGACGUAGUAACAUGGAAACACGUCUGCAAUGCGUUCGAUAAAGUUUGUUUUGCAGUCUUUAUGGUGACUGCUAUCGUAUGUAAUGUUACAUUUCUGGUCGUAAUAUUCGGCUCUUAG